AUGGCCUUCCACGACAACACCGUCUCGCGUCACAAUGAGGUUGAAGCCGAGCCUCCCAAAUCUGAAUUGCAUCCGGUCAAAUGGUACCGUUCCACCUUUUGGAACAUGACCGUUUUGGGUUUGUGCAAUCUGGCGGCACCGGGAAUUUGGGGCGCCAUGAACUCGCUUGGGGCCGGCGGCGCUGCCUCACCACAGCUCAUCAAUGCAGCCAAUGCUCUGACUUUCUGUCUCAUGGUGGUAUCGUGCUACUUCUCCAGUACUUUGGUGCACUACGUCGGGAUCAAGGGUGCUCUUAUUUUCGGAACGAUCGGUUACGCGCCAUAUGCAGCGGGCCUUUACACCAAUAACCGCUUCGGGACCGAAUGGCUCGUCUUGUUGGGUGCUGCGCUCUGCGGUAUCUCGGCCGGUGUGUUUUGGAUGGCCGAGGCUGCUAUUGCCAUUGCUUAUCCAGAGCCUUGGAACAGGGGCAAAGCUAUCGGCUACUGGCUGACAUAUCGACUGGCUGGUCAGAUUCUGGGCGGUGCGAUCAACCUUGGUCUCAAUGCCAAGAACAGCGAGGCUGGCAAAGUGUCAUACACAGUCUUCCUGGUGUUUAUUGCAAUGCAGUGCACUGGUCCCCUCUUCGGAUUUUUGCUCAAUGCACCGGACAAGGUCGAGAGAACAGAUGGCAAGAAGGUGGAGCUGGCCAUCACGCGCGGUCCUCUCUUUGAGCUCAAGGAGACGGCGAGACUGUUCUUGGGCAAGAAGUUUCUCUUGAUGGUGUUGUUCAUCGGGCAGGCUGUCUUUGCAGAGGCAGUCUACUUCACCUAUCUUGCUAGUAAGUUUGGUCUUGACAGUCGACAGCGAGGAAAAAGAACUAACAGGAAACAGUGUGGUUCUCUGUCCGAUCUCGUGCUUUGGGAUCGUUCUUGUCUGGCAUCAUUGCUGUUGUUUCGGGGUGGAUACUCGGUAAUUGCUCUCAAGACUCGUGCUCGCUCCAGCUUCUGGGUCAUUGUGGUUCUGCAGGGCGCUUGGUGGACGUGGGCGACGGUUCUUGUCACCCGCUAUCGCGUCACCAGACCAACGUUCGACUGGGUUGACGGGAACUUCGGUGAGGGCUUCGGUGUUUUCGUGUUUUUGACCGUUGGCUUCCAGCUGAACUACAUGUUUCUGUACUUCAUCAUCCACAACUUGGCCAAAGAUGAGUCGGAGGUGGUCCGCUAUGCCGCGCUUCUGCGGGGAACCGAAUCGGCGUGGCAGGCUGUCAGCUACGGCCUCACUUCGCUCGUGGUCUUUGCUGAGGUUGGGGGUGUUUACAUUAACUUUGGACUGUGGGCCAUCGCCAUCUUCCCGGCUUGGUUGGUUGUGCGCGAGUUUGGCACCUCCAAAGUGGAGUUCGUGGAGGAGCGGGCGUCGUCAGCGGAAACACCGAGCUUGAAGAGCGACGACAAGGGAUUGUGA